ACAAACAAAUUUUUAGCUUAAAUAUUCCAUUAAAAAAUUUGUCUUACUCUAGAAGGUCUUCCCAGCUUCUUCUGCGCGACGCUUUUCUUUUUCUUUGUUCUCUCUCUCUCUCUCGGACAAAAUGGCAAAUGAGGGUAGUGAUUCGCCAGAUUUGGUAGAGAACGAAGAUGGCAAUAUCCGCAAUUGGAGCAUUUCCAGACUGAUUUCUUUCCUCAAAUCCACUUUUCGUCCCAAGGAUUUUGCCAAGGUAGAAGCGGUUUUAGUGGCAAGACAAGACAAAUCAAAGCAGGAGAUUGAGACACUGAAACAGGAAAAGGAUUUGUUUUUCGAAAAAUUCGAAGAAGAAAGACUAGAAAAAAUGAGUCUUCAAGACGAGCUCAGAAAAUGCAAGAAAGAGUGCGAGGAAAUGAGGAGUACUAUGUCCAAGUUACGGGAAGAGAACAUGGUUUUAAGGGAGCGAGAAAAGCUCGCAGAGGAAAGAUGCAAGAAUUUGUUGGAGGAAGUGAAGAGAAUUGGAGAGAAGGACAAGGUAAUGAUUGAUUUAAGAAGCAGGAAUUGCGAGCUUGAAUGUGCAAGAGCCAAGGCUGAAGGUGAGAUGGAGAUUUUGAGGAAGAGAUUUGAGGAGUUGGAUAAGAGAGUUCUGAAUUUAGAGACUGAUCUACCAUUAUUGAGGGAUCAAGAGGAUUCGAAGAGCAAUGGGAGUGGGGGACCAAAUGGGAAUUUGGAAAAUGGGAGUGUAAAAUUUGAUGAGACUGUGAAGGUGGAAGAAGUGUCCGUUGGUCCAAGUAGUGAUUCUCCUGUCAGAGCUAAUGGGCAUUCGCGUAAUGCUGGGAAUGGGAGACCUCCAUCUCAAAACAUUGUCGAGAUUGUUGACAUUGAUAGUGAUGAUGAUAGUGCACCAGUGGAAAUUCUGAGUGAAAAAAGAAUGACUCAUCCUGCAGAGAACUCACAUUUAGUUCAAAUUUGUGUACAAAACGAGACUCCAACUCUCAAAAGAAAACGAACUUCAUCUAUAGAUGUAGGUGAGAGUGAAAUUGGUGAUAAUGAUGAUAAUACAUUAGCUGGGAAGUUAAAGAUGGAGAAACUGCAAGAGGCUGUUUGCAGGCCUGAUGAUUGUCCUCUUAAUCAUUGCUCAACAACAACUAUCUCUUCUUAUAGUAAUGAGGUUAACAGAGGCUUUGCCACACCAGGGGAAGGUUUUAUGUUUUCAAGACAAUGUGAACAGCAAAUGGAGUCUGAGCAGCAGUCUCAGAAUCUUAUGACUGGGUUUCCUUUGGAUGGGCUUGGUUUCUCUGAGGAAAUUCCUGUGUCCUCCGAUUCUGAGUCUGGUGAUGACAGCGAUGGUGUGGAUAUUUCCUUAGACCAUUCUCAGCUUGCACCAGAGGCUCAGAGGGAAAACAUAAAUUAGCGACAGGAAAUGGAUGGCAACUUUCUGUUUUAGAUGGGAAAAACCAAAGAGGUGUUUGUGAAAUUGUGCCAAUUGAUGAUUUAUCUUUGAUGCACACAGAUUGGCUCCAGUUGUAUUUCUCUGACCUAGUUUGUCAUAGAUGGGGAUUCAGAGUUGAAGCUGAAGAAAUAUGUCAGGGAGUUGCUGGAGUAUGACCAAAAGGUCUUGUUCAUUAUAAAGAACUAGCUAUUCAGCAUGUAAGCAAUUAUUUGAGAUAUGCCCGAAGAAAAAGGAUCCUUUAUUGUUAUAGUUGUAGACUGAAAGAACCAAUAUUGUUCUUACCAGAAAUUGUUACUGAUAUGGUGAUAGCAAAGGCAUCUCCUACUGUCAAAAGAGGAUAGUAUUUUUUUUUUUUUUAAUUUCUAUAUUUGUCUCUUCUUUAAACAAGUCUGAAACCUUUUUGUCAGGUCUUACUAUAGAUAAUCACAUGCAUUAGAA